AUGUUGAACAUAAACGGAAUAACAAUUCUCCUAAUAUUUUUAUGUUAUCAAAAUGGAUUCGUUACAAGUGACAUUUCACCUUUUUUGAGUUACGUUGGCGAUUAUGAAAUCAAUUCGACGGUCUUACCGAACAAUUCUAUGACAGUCACAGUCAAGGAAUAUUAUUUGAGUGAAACAAUUCGAGAAGAUUACUUUGGUGCCCAUUUGACAUGCAAAUCUAAUGGAAUGGAACUCGCAAAUGUUAAAUCUAAAAACGAGCAGCGGAACUUAGCAAGAAUAGCAAUAAACAGACCACACAAAUUCACUGAAGAAAUAUUUAUCAAGUCGAAUUCUUCUUCAAAGUCUAAUGAGAAUGAAUGUUUAUCAUUCGCAGCACCAAAAACUUCAAAGUUGUCGAUUGGAACAAUUUCAUGCGGUGUUGUUCUGAAUUUCAUGUGUGAAGUAAUCAAAGUUCAAACUUAUGACAACACAAGAAACAUUACAUCGACUAACGAAGUUGAAUCAGCAAAAGUGGUUGACAAUGUUUUUACUUAUCUCGGCGAAACUGACAAAACUAUAAAAUAUUAUUUGAGUAAUGUCUUGAGAGCAACACCGAAUGAAGCUUUAAUGGUUUGCAAAAGUUUCAACAUGAAUCUUGCAUCACCACAAAGUCAAGAUGAAUUUGAUGACCUCAUAGCUGUAUUAGCUAAUUGUUGUUAUCGUGACUCCUUUUGUCAAUCAUCUGAAUGGAGAGAUGCAACGAUAGCUGGUUAUCGAUCAAAAGAAAACGGAGCGGAGUGGCACGUUUCCGGGAAGCUUGUGGAAUAUCGCGGAACGUUUAAAGAUUUUUAUAGUGACUUCAAACAAGAUUGCUUGGGUGUUGGCUUUUACGAUAAUGAUGAAAACAAUCUUCUUGCUUUAACCUCACUGGAUUGCGAAAGUGUUCAUCCAUUCAUCUGUGAAGCCAUCGAUAGUGAAAAUUCUACAACUGACGUUCAAUUUAUCACUAAUAAGGAAGGAGUUCUUAAGCCUUUAACUGAAUACGAAAAUGCAUCAAAUUUUGCGAAGUCCCUUUACGUCAGCACCGUCAAACGAGACUGGAUCAAUGCGUUUAGUGUUUGUAGAAUGUUUGGCAUGGAUCUGCUUCUGCCUGAAACAGUUGACGAAGAGAAAGAGAUGAUCGAACUCAUAAAACUUGACAAUGAACAUCUUAGCGAGGUCCACAUCGGGGCCACAACAAUAAAUCGACGGUUUUGGUAUUCAAUCAAUGAUGGAAAGAUUAUCAAUAUUGAUAUGGAGAUUCGUUAUGAAUAUGAGUUCAAUCCAAAUCGUUGUCUGUUCUUCGAUGUAAACGAUGACAAUGUAUACAGAGAAAGCAACUGUAGAGGCACCAUACGCACAUUUAUAUGCCGAGAAGUAAGAAACAAUCAAAUGAAUGAUGAGAUUAAAAUGUCAGUUUAA